AUGGCCGCCAUGGGCCGGUUGGGUUUCCUGGCCCUUGCAGUGGUUUUCCACUUGGUCUACAUUUAUUCCAUCUUUGAUAUCUAUUUUGUUAGCCCCAUUGUAUCUGGCAUGCAGCUGGUUUCGGUGGACCGUCCCGCAAAUAUAAAGAGUCCUGCGGAUCGAUUAGUCCUCUUUGUCGGCGACGGAUUACGUGCCGACAAAGCAUUCCAGGCCUUUCCUGAGCCAUAUCCCGAGUCGGACGAAGACCUCAUCCCCAGACACUUGGCUCCCUUUGUUCGCUCCCGAGCCCUCCAGCAUGGAACCUUUGGAGUUUCGCACACGCGUGUCCCUACCGAGUCCCGGCCUGGCCAUGUGGCCAUGAUUGCCGGCCUUUACGAGGAUGUUUCUGCGGUGGCAACGGGAUGGAAACUCAACCCUGUCAACUUUGACAGCGUCUUCAACAGGAGUCGUCAUACCUGGAGUUGGGGCAGCCCUGACAUCCUGCCAAUGUUCGAGCGCGGAGCUGUUCCUGGUCGUGUAGAUGCUUAUAUGUAUGCCGCCGAUUUCGAAGAUUUCUCCAAAGAUGCGACACAUCUUGACAUCUGGGUGUUUGACCACGUCAAAGAUUUGUUCACCCAGGCUGCAACCAACAAGACACUCAACCGAGCCCUUCGGCAGGACAAGGUUGUCUUCUUCCUCCACCUGCUCGGGCUGGACACAAAUGGCCAUGGUUUCAGACCUUUCUCAAAAGAGUAUCUGCACAAUAUCCAAAUCGUCGAUAGAGGGGUUCAAGAGGUGACAGACCUCAUCCAGAAAUUCUAUGCAGAUGAUCGAACAGCAUUCAUCUUUACCGCGGACCACGGCAUGAGCGAUUGGGGUAGCCACGGCGAUGGCCAUCCAGACAAUACCAGAACGCCUUUGGUCUGUUGGGGCUCCGGUGUGGCUCCCCCCGUUCUCCAUCCGGGAACAAUUGCCCCGGGCCACGACGAUUUAUCGGCCGAUUGGGGGUUGGAUCAUGUUCAAAGACAUGACGUCGCACAGGCUGAUAUCGCUGCGCUCAUGUCCUAUCUCAUCGGCGCCGAGUUUCCUGUAAACUCCGUAGGCAAGCUGCCUCUCCCAUACUUAUCCGCAAAUACCCGUCAAAAGGCGGAAGCGCUGUUGGCCAAUGCUCGCGAGAUAUUAGAGAUGUAUAGGGUGAAGGAAGAAAAGAAGCAAGCAAACGAAAUGAGAUAUAAACCGUAUGGUGCCUUUGGCGAUGCAGGUCUUGCUCCGGCACAACGUGUGGCCAACAUUGAUCAACUAAUCUCCCUCGGAAAAUAUGAAGAAGCUAUCGAGGAAUCCGACGCCCUCAUCAACAUUACCCUGGAAGGAUUGCGCUAUCUUCAAACCUAUGAUUGGCUAUUUCUGCGAGCCUUGAUAACAGUCGGAUACCUCGGUUGGAUAGCAUAUGCUAUUGCAACGGUGAUCAACUUGUAUGUGGUUCCGACGUCAACUGCACCCAAACGCAGCACCUCGACCAUCCUUGGAUUUCUUUCCAUCUUGGCGGCACUAUAUGCGUCCUUCAUAGCAUCCAAAUCUCCUUCGACGUAUUACGCAUAUGCUCUCUUUCCCGUUGUAUUCUGGGAAGAAGUUUACGCUCAGAGGGGGAACCUGCAAGAAGGAGGCCGGUUGCUCUUUGGGCAUAUGGGAUCAGCCGGUCAUAUUGCAGCCUUUGCUGUAAAUGCAAUUAUUUACUGUGCCGUUAUAGUAUCUUUGGCUCUCGGCUACAUUCAUCGUGAGAUCCUGACCGGUCUGUUCAUCUUGGGAACAAUAUGGCCCGUCGUGUGUGGCGCGUCCUUUAUUCGCUCCAAUGCUCUUCUCAGCAUAGCAUGGGCGAUAUCUUGUUUGGUUAUGAGCACUUUCACGCUCUUGCCAGCAAUGAAACACGAGAACGUUGACAUGAUCGUGGCCAGCGGUGUGAUCAUGAGCCUGAUUGGAGUGCUCUAUAUGGGUUUUGAGCCUUUCGUACUGUCUGACUUUUCCUCUGAGCGUGCAAAGUCCAGUAAUCACACAAAUUCCUUGGUUGCUCGGGUGGCAACGGGUAUUCAGGUCGGCCUCAUUAUCCUUGCCACAAUAGUGACACGCUCCAGCUCCCUAUCAAUUCAAGCCAAGCAAGGCUUGCCUCUGGGGAACCAGAUCAUGGGAUGGAUUGUUCUCGUGUCAUCUUUUUUGACCCCCUUGCUACAUCGGUUAUCGCCAAACAGCAAUUUCAUGCACCGCCUUGCCAUGAUGUUCUUCACGUGCGCUCCGACAUUCAUCAUCUUCACGAUUUCUUACGAGGGUCUAUUUUAUGUUGCUUUCUCACUUCUGUUGGUCAUCUGGGUACGUCUAGAAUAUCGUAUCGAGACGUUUGGCAAAAACCAAGCCGCCGGCACGAAUGGGUCUGCAAAGACCGACAAAGCCGCAUCGCAUCGACCCUUGCGGCUAUCGGAUGCGCGUGUUUCCCUGUUCUUCAUGGUCCUCCUUCAGUCGGCUUUCUUCAGCACCGGAAACGUUGCAUCCGUCUCGUCAUUCAGCUUAGACAGCGUUAAUCGGCUGAUCCCAGUGUUUGAUCCAUUUUCCCAAGGAGCACUGCUGGUUCUCAAGUUGAUGAUCCCAUUUGUUCUCAUUUCCGCAAAUCUUGGCGUUUUGAACAAGCGACUUCAAGUGGCACCGUCAGCAUUCUUCAUGGUGGUCAUGGCAGUCAGCGAUAUCCUGACCCUUUAUUUCUUCUGGGUUGUUAAAGACGAGGGCUCUUGGCUGGAGAUAGGAUCCACUAUCAGCCAUUUUGUUAUUGCCAGUCUUUUGUGCGUAUUUGUUGCCCUGCUUGAAGGAGUCAGUGCCAUGUUCAUCAAUGGGAUUGAUGUUGGCGACGGGUCAUCUCAAAGCCCAAAGAUUCAGGCCAACGGCAGCAAGGAUUCGAAAAAGGAGAAAUAG